UAAUUAAUUUGUCAAACACAUACCACCGUCACGCAUCGUAACAACCCCGCAAUGAAGAGCUAUUUCUCCAAUGCGACAGAAACUACCGCAGAUGACUCCAACGUUACGUCCCCUCUCGGCGGAGCCAAUGUUGCGCCUCGCUCGAGUGCUCUCUCCAACAGAUUAACCAGUGUACUCUCCGCAUCCUACGCCGACUCUGACAUCCGCGAUGCACUGGAAACUCUUGACAUCAGGGGAACCCAUAACACCCCGGAAACGAGGCGGCAGCUAAGGCUGGAUGUACAAAAGGAAGUCAUCAGUUGUAAUGGGAAGAUAGUGGCGGAUUUUGGAAAAGUGGCAGCGCAAUUGAAACAACUGGGUUCGGUCAUCGUCGAUCUACAGCAAAUAUGUGCGGAAAUGCGGAAGCACGUAUCACUAUCGAAACAGGAGACAGCGGCGGUACUUGAUGAGGCCUCAACUCUUAUAGAGCAGAAGAGUGAGACUGAGACAAAACAACGUCUGCUUGAUGCAUUCAAUAAGCAUUUUGUUGUGCCAGAGGAAGACCUGAACACCCUUGUAUCCUCUGCGGAGCCGGUGGAUGAUCACUUCUUUGCCAUUCUGGCCCGAGUGAAGCAGAUUCAUAAUGACUGUCAGGUACUACUCGGCGGGGAGGAUCAAAAGCUAGGAACGGAGAUCAUGGAACAAAGCUCAAAACAAUUGAACUCAGCCUACCAGAAACUAUACCGGUGGAUUCAGAAAGAGUUCAAUUCUUUAAAUCUGGAAGAUCCACAAAUCAACAGUUCAAUCCGGCAGGCUUUACGGGUACUCGCUGAGCGGCCAAGUCUGUUCCACAGCUGCCUUGAUUUCUUUGCAGAAGCUCGGGAGUAUAUCCUUUCAGAUGCCUUUCAUCAUGCAUUGACGGACACGGUUUCAGGAGCCGAGACUGACCGGAGUGUUAAACCCAUUGAAUUUUCUGCCCAUGAUCCUUUACGGUAUGUAGGAGACAUGCUUGCCUGGGUACAUUCGGCCGCAGUCUCGGAAAGAGAAGCAUUGGAAGCUCUUUUUGUAAAUGAAGGCGACGAGCUCGCACGAGGAUUCAAGUCGGGUAUUAGUAGCGAACCUUGGUCUCGCGUUGAUGGAGAGGAAGCACCUGUGUUUGAUGGACGGAAAGCUCUCAAUGAUCUCGUCAACCGUGACCUUAGUGGUGUAUCGCGAUCCCUACGCCAGCGGGUUGAGUUAGUGAUCGAGGGCCAUGACAACCCUGUGACGACCUACAAAGUCGUCAACUUAUUAGCAUUCUACAAAAUCACAUUCUCAAAACUGGUUGGCCCAGAAUCCAAUCUCGUCGAGGUUGUUUCGGCACUAGUGGACUCUACUUUCAAACAUUUCGAGAUCCUCAUGCGUGAUCAAGCUCAUAUAUAUUCGACCGAUCCCCACAGUACAACCCCACCAGACGACCUAUCAGUUCCUCAGUUCCUUGCUGAUCAGCUGGAGGUGCUAACCUCGCUGAUGAAAGAGUACAAUGCGUCCGUUGGGGCUACUUCUGAUGUCAAGGAGCAAGAAGAGAACCGAUUCACCCCUGUUCUGCGGGUUGCUCUUGAUCCGUUCCUUGACAUAGCCAAAUCUUCGGCUAAUGAUCUGGACGAUACAAAGGCAUCAACAAUCUACAAGACCAACAUUCUCCUAGCUGUCCGCACAACAGUAUCUUCAUUUACUUUUGCGUCCGCAACACACUUGGUUCCGAUAUCUAAUGUCCUGUCUAACAUGCGCAUGGAACUUCUCGACAUCCAGCGCCAAUUUCUCUUAGGGACGUCCGGACUACAAAAACUCUUGACCGCACUAGAACCUUUCUCCCAGCAUCACUCUUCAAAGGCCCAGUCAGAAUCUACCACCACAAGAACACAGAACCUGGCCGAAAUCGCCGACCUAGCGGCCUUCCAGCCCGACACUUUGUCGGCUAUCAGCCAACAGCUUGACGAUUUCCUGCCCUCUGCCCUGAUGGACGCUACCGAUAACUUGAAACGCGUACGCAAUCUGUCCCUAGUAAAGUCAGUCACGGAAGAAGCUGUGGAGGAAUUCUGUCGCGACUUUGAAUUCGUCGAAGGCAUAAUUAUAGGUGCGGACGAGGCUAGGGGUACGAAAGUGGACAUGUCUCGAAUUGAGAUGGAGAGUGAUAUCGUCUCGGUUAGCGUGCGAGGAACACAAAUUGGAGGAGACGAGGCGGAGGCUGAAGGAAAGCAUAGCUUAAGAGCACUCUUCCCUAGGACUGUUGGGGAGAUACGUGUUCUUUUGAGUUAGAUAUAUAUACACGAGAUCAAUCCACGAUAUAGAUUUUAAUCAUUG